AGGAGUGGUGAUGGAGCUUCCAAAGGGGGCAGGACUUGUCCUCUCCUGGUCCUAUUAAGAGCAAACUUUCUCAUUUACUUCUGCAAGUUCAGCCCAGACUGCGCACUGUUUGCUCCUUUUUCUUGCUGCGCUCCGCCGUUUUUUUUUUUUGUUUUUGAAAGAGGAAAAAAGAGCAGGAUGCGCAUUUCGAACUUGUCUCCUCGGCUCGUCCAGGCUGGCUUCAGUGAUCCGGACGUGUAGAUGCUGGACCGCGUGGAAUGAACAAUGGUGCCGCUCCUUGGUGCUCCGGCCGGGGGCUUCCUGCUCCGGUUGCUGUGCGUGCUGCUGGACUUGGAACUCGGCGGCGGGGUGUCGCUUUUCCAGGGGUUCUACCUUCCACCUGCGAACGGCUCGCUGCGCACACCUGCCCGGAGGACGGACGGGGUCGUGCGGACUAUUGAUCGGAUCUACAACGGGGGCGGCCGGGCGGGGUACUUGCUCUACCUGGACGGGAGUCGCUUCCAGCUGGACAUGGAGCGCGAUGAGUCGAUGAGCCCCCGGGACGUGCUCGCCGUGACGGGGGGCAGCGCGGAGCCCUCGCAGCGGGGGUGCGUGUACCGCGGGACGGUGGACUCUCAGGCCGAGUCCCUGGCCGUCUUCAACCUCUGCGGCGGCGGCCUGGAGGGCUUCUUCGCCGUGCGCAACUUGCGCUACGCGGUCACGCCGAUCGUCCGCGCCAGGGGACGGGAGCACGACUCGCGCGCGCUCCAGGACAGGGACGCGGAGCGCGCGCUCCACGCGUUCACGCGCGAGAGCUUCACCUUCGAGGCCGAGCGCGAGGGGCGCGAGAGCUGCGGCACGCGCGACGCGCGCCGGGGGCGCAGGCACGCGGCGCGGAAACCCCGGGUCAGACUCAGCAGGGGUCACGGCAGGACCAGGCCGGCCCCGACCGGCGUCUACACGCGGCACAGGAGGUCCGUCUCCCGCGCCCGACAGGUGGAGCUUCUCCUGGUGGCGGACGAGACCAUGAGUAAGAAGUACGGGAAGGACCUCAACCACUACCUGCUCACCCUGGCCGCCAUCGCGUCCAAGCUGUACGGCCACGCCAGCAUCGAGAACCCCAUCCGGCUGUCGGUGGUGAAAGUAACCACGGUCGGCGAAAAGGACAAAGGGCUGGACGUGACCAAGAACGCGGCGGCGACGCUGAAGAGCUUCUGCAAGUGGCAGAACCAGCAAAACCCGCUGGACGACGACCACCUGCACCACCACGACGCCGCCAUCCUCUUCACUAGGCAGGACCUCUGCGGCCAUCACUCCUGUGACACCCUGGGAAUGGCGGACGUCGGCACCAUCUGCUCUCCGGAAAGAAGCUGCGCUGUCAUCGAGGAUGACGGGCUUCACGCCGCGUUCACCGUUGCCCACGAGAUAGGCCAUUUGCUGGGUUUGUCCCACGACGACUCCAAAUUCUGCGAGGAGCGCUUCGGCGUGAACAGCGACAAGAGGCUCAUGUCCUCCAUCCUCACCUCCAUCGACGCCUCCAAACCCUGGAGCCGCUGCACCUCGGCCACCAUCACCGACUUCUUUGACGACGGCAAUGCUGAGUGCCUCCUCGACUCUCCCCGCCAGCCUCUGCUGGGCCCCGAAGAGCUCCCAGGGCAGAGUUACGACGCCGUGCGCCAGUGCCGCCUGGCCUUCGGUCCGGAGUACACGGUGUGCCCCGGGAUGGACGUGUGCUCUCGGCUCUGGUGCGCAGUGAUCCGCCAGGGACAGAUGGUGUGUCUGACCAAGAAGCUACCGGCGGUGGAGGGGACCCCCUGCGGCAAGGGCCGCAUCUGCCUCCAGGGGAAGUGCGUGGAUAAAACACGCAAAAGACACUACUCGUCAUCCAACCAUGGCAGCUGGAGCUCCUGGGGUUCCUGGGGCGCCUGCACCAGAACAUGCGGCGGUGGAGUGCAGUUCGCCCAGCGGCUGUGCAACAACCCGCCACCGCGGAACAACGGGCGCUACUGCACGGGGAAGAGAGCCAUCUACCGGUCUUGCAACGUUGCACCAUGUUCACCAUCCAAUAAGAGUUUCCGUCAGGAGCAGUGUGAGGUGCGCAACGGCCCACAAACAGACCCCAAAGGGGUGAAGACUUUUGUCGAAUGGGUCCCCAAAUAUGCAGGAGUUCUCCCUAAAGAUGUGUGCAAACUAACCUGCCGAGCAAAAGGAACUGGCUACUAUGUGGUGUUCUCACACAGGGUGACAGACGGGACCGAGUGCCGUCCUUACAGCAGCUCGGUGUGCGUGAAAGGGAAGUGCGUUCGAACAGGCUGCGACGGCAUCAUAGGCUCCAAGCUUCAGUUUGACAAGUGCGGCAAAUGUGGAGGCGACAGCACAGGGUGCAUACGUGUUCUGGGCAACUUCACCAAGAAAAGUAAGGGCUACACCGAUGUCGUGAAGAUACCUGCAGGCUCCACCCACGUCAAGGUCCGCCAGCACAAAGCGAAAGACCAGACCCGCUACACCGCCUACCUCGCCCUCCGACGACCCAGUGGGGAUUACCUCCUCAAUGGCAAGUUCAUGAUCUCCACCUCCGAGACCAUCAUUCCCCUCAACGGCUCUGUGCUCAACUACAGCGGCUGGAGUCAAAAGGAUGAGUGGCUUCACAGCAUGGGCCCCGGAGCCCUCCGAGAAGCCCUGGUGGUCCAGAUCCUUGCGACAGACGCCAAAAAGCCUCUGGAUGUUCGCUACAGCUUCUUCGUGCCGCGCAGGACCACCGCUCAGCUUGUUCCUAACCUGAAUGUAGCCCGUCCGCAGGGCACCACGACCGUCCCGACCAGAACCACCACCGGUAGCGCCGCUACGCCCCCUUCCGCCCCGACUCCGGCCGCUGCUCGCUCCACCUCACCGCCGGGGCCGCAGUGGGCGACGGGAGGGUGGAUGAGCUGCUCCAGGACUUGUGACACCGGUUGGCAGAGCAGGACGGUGCAGUGCAGGGACCAGGGCGGGAAACUGUCCAAGGGCUGCUUGCUGAGUUCCCGCCCCUCUGCCUUCAAACACUGUCUUGUGAAGAAAUGCUAAAAACGGCAGGACGGGGCUGGGAGGACUAUGGACCAAUGAACUUGGGACAUUCUGUAGACCGGGACUGAGAAUGUUGUGAAGCAAGUCUCACUGAGAGCUGGCAGAACCCAAGCUAACCCAGGGACCAUUUGGACUUUGCUUCCAGGCGUCUCAUCGUCCAGCCUCCAGCUGACUCCCGAGACACGACGACCAACAAUGGACGGGGCGACCCGGUCAUGCGGUGUUGUAAACGGUGCUUAUCAGUGUGUCCGAGCAGCACAAUAAUGCAGUCGGAAAAGUCGGGGGAAACAACGGAGAGAAAUUCUCUCUGCAUCAACUCAGGAAGAACGUUCUUCCUUACGACACAAACUUCAUUUUCCUAUUUCUCUGCGCAGAGUCGAGGAAAAAAACAACAACAAAUGGACUGCUGGAGGGGUAAAGUAACCACAGCCCUCCUUAACGUUCAUGGAGACAAAUCACACGUUUGGUGCAGUGCUUCAUUUUUGAAGUGUGUGUGUGCAAUGCAAAGACAUUCCACUGGCAUAUUAAUAUUUGGUAUGCACUCCCUAGCAUUCCAAAAUAUCUCGACUUAGAGCAUACAUCCUUAGACCAUGAAUGAUAUCAAUGUGUGUUAUCGUCCAGGCAUCAUCACAGAGCCCUGUGCACAUCUGCACACCUCACUGACACACACCAUUAAGAAAAAAGCUACGAGGGUUCAUUUGUGUCCUUAUUACAAAAGGUUUUUUUGGACAAAUCGAAUUUAUAUACCUGGAUUUUUAGCAAAGGCUGCGAGAGCCCUACUGUAAUCGCUCCGAGCAUUAUUUUUCUCCCCAUUCAAUCGAAUUUCUGAGGCCCCGAGCAUGCACGAAAACUCACCAAUUUUUGAAAAAUGUAUUAAAGUUAAAGUACCACUGAUAGUCACACACACACUAGGUGUGGUGAAAUUACUCUCUGCAUUUGACCCAUCUCCUUGUUCCACACUCUGGGAGGUGAGGGGAGCAGUGAGCAGCAGCGGUGGCCGCGCUCGGGAAUCAUUUUGGUGAUUUAACCCCCAAUUCCAACCCUUGAUGCUGAGUGCCAAGCAGGGAGGUAAUGGGUCCCAUUUUUAUAGUCUUUGGUAUGACUCGGCCCGGGGUUUGAACUCACGACCUACCGAUCUCAAUUUUUUUUAGAACUGACUCUCUAGCGCCCCCUUGAAAGUUAGAAAAAAAAAUCGGCCCCCGCUAGUAGAUUCAUGUAUCGUCACGAAAACCACUGGAGACGCCUGUCAUGACACAACGCACAUCAAAAGUCUCAAGAUGCCAUAUUCGAAAACAAACAGGAAGUCGUCCAUCUUGGUUAUCGUUGGCCAUUUUCAGACCAAAAACAGGAGUCCUUAAGGAACUCCUACUAGGGACUUUGACCAAAUGAGUUGCGGUCAAAAUGACAGACGGGCGAUGAUAAAUUGCGAAUGAAUUUUGCGUACGCCAGGGGUCGGCAACCCAAAAUGUUGAAAGAGCCAUAUUGGACCAAAAAUGCAAAAAAUAAAAUUUUGCUGGAGCCGCAACAAAUUAAAAGCCUUAUAUAAGUGUUAUAAUAAUGGCAAUACAUGAUGUGAGUGUCUAUAUUAGCUAUAUUAGCCUACUUUCAAAGGCUGACGCGAAUCUUCGUUGACAGAAAUGUUGUAUUUAAAUUUUUAUUCUACGCAUUUUUGCAACAUUGGAAAACAUUAGUAAAAUGGAGGCUUCUCACAGGAUGAGAUAACUUCUGGAAAUUACUGGCUCAGAAUGGCCAAAGGUAUAGAUGUGUAUGUCUAAAUUAAAGAAACGUCAGGCUGUCUUCUAGUGGAUUUAUUGCAAUCUUUGCGAGCUGGGUAACGUUUGCUGUGGUCUGGAACAACACGGCACACAAACAACUAUCAGAAAUGCAGCCAAUAUUACAUACAGAUAAUGAGUCAUGAGACAUGCUUAUAUCAAUUAAAUACACAGAGGACAUAAGUAAAGGAAAUUAAAUGAGCUCAAAUAUACCUACAAACGAGGCAUAAUGAUGCAAUAUGUCAUGGAUUGACCAAAUAUGCCUGAUAAGCCCUCCAGCAAAUCAAUAAAAUCAACAAAGCUCACCUUUGUGCAUUCACGCACAGCAUAAAACGUUUGGUAGACAAAAUGCGACAAAGAAGGAGUGGCAUAAAACACGUCUUUCUGUGGCAGCGUCGGCGAAAGUCGUACACGUAAACAAAUUACGAUGAGUUCAAGGAUCGCUGAAAUUAGUAGGACAAAACGGUGCUUGCCAAAUACUCUCAUCAAUGAAGUAUGUUUGAUAUAAACAGUGGGAUUUCUAACAGUUAGGAAGGUUUGUGUCAUGUUUGUUCUCCUACAGAAAAUAUAUUAAAACAAAAAAUAUAUAUAUUUUUUCAUCUUUUUCCAUUUUUUCCAUACAUCUCUGAAAGAGGUCCAGGCUCUAAAACCACGGGUUGCUGACCCCUGGCCUACGCCAUAGGAUGUAGGCGUGGCAUGUCGCCAAAAUAGGAUCUAUUGGCGAGACAACAUUUUUUAACAUUUAUUACUUGACUCCACAAACUCAGAUGUUGAUCAGAAUUGGCACAAAUGAUGUUGACGACAUCCUGAAGUGCUGGAUCGGUCAGUACCUAAUUUCCUGAUCGUAGUGGGCGGAGCCUGGCGGCGAAAACUGCUCAAUCAACCGUCAAGCUGUCAUCACAGCACUUUACAUGUAUCAGAUCUCCUUCCUCACCUAUAUGAGGCUUUUAGGUCUGAUCAUGAUUACACUUUGAUAUCGAAUAUCGCCCCCUUGUGGAGGAAAAUUAUAACAGGCAUAGCUUCCGUCCACAUUCUCCGAUCUUCCUGAAAUUCUUGAUGGAUGGGUCGGACAUCGGGAAGGAUGUGAGUGCAUGUGUCACGGGUGGUCGCCGACUCGCGUGAACCCCGAGGUGCAAGUGUUUGAAUUUUGUGAACUACAUUUUUUUUUUUCAACUUAUGCCGACAAUUUUAUUGAAUAAAAAUGUGUGUUUAAAAAUUAUGUUUGUUAAAAUGCAGUUUUUUAUGAUAUUCAGUGUCAAAAAUCUAGUGCAGAAAUAAUCAUUGCUUCAAGACUCACUUUCGGCAAAUUAAGACUGAAGGAAUCAAUCCUCUGUCCGGAGUAGCCAAUGAGGUGUCAAGUUUGCAGUCACAUGACACAGGUCACGUGACUGCAAACUUCCUGAGUCUUGAAGUAAAAACUGAUAUUUCCGCACGGACUUUGUCUGUACUUUUUACACUGAAUUUUAAAACACUGUAUUUUAACAAACUCACUUUUUAAACUUGUUAAUUUUGCUCACUUUUUGUUAUGCAAUAAAAUGGACAGCAUAAUUAAAAGUAAAAAAAAAAUUCAGUUUGCAAAGUUCAGUGUCCAAAAAAAUGACUUUUGCUCUGAAGACACAGAAUGACCUCCAUAAAAAGCCCUCUCGCCGAACAGCAAGAACAGCACUGAGCUUGUAAUUUAUUGUUUGUACAACUGGUGUGAGGUGAGGUUUAUUUAUUGUAGUAAUUUUGUACCAAAUUACUAUUGAACUUAGGACUGUGCAGAAUCCGCAGUGUAAGAAUAUAGUGUUUGUUUGCUAGUCAUGAAACG